UUUAUUUUCUGUUUGAUUUUAAAAGUUCACCGUUCUGGUCUGAGCUAAUCUUGAAGACCAGAAGCUUCCGUCCCUUCCCUUCCCCACUUCUGAGUGGGAGAUAAAAGGAGGUCAAAGAGUCUCACGUUGUUGGUCGGACCGGGAGAUGGACGGCGGGGGAGGGCUUUGGAGUGCUCCCUGUGAGCUAGCCUGUAAACACUUGUGUUGAUCCCCUCCAUAAAGAUCACGAAAGGGUGUUUUUUAAGAGAGCUUAUUUAUAGACGGAGAGGGAAGGUUUUCGAACUGUAAAACAGACGUUUCCAAAGGGCAGCGGCGGGGCUCGGACGGUGUUUGGUCUCUGGAGGAGGGAAGGGACUAAAGGGCGUGAGGCGCUCACGGAAGUGGCCACGGUUGAGUGGUGCCGAGCGCUAUCUUCGCGUGUAUUCCUCGUUCUAAUGGUUAUCAGUGAAAUGUUGAACGAUGGCUGCGUCCCUGAGAUGCUACACCUGCAUGGGCUCCAACAAUGAGGACUGCAACCGGCAAGGCUCCAAGAUCUGUCCCAGCUUCUCUGACGCGUGUGCCGUGGUACUGGGCCAUGACAGCGGGGUGAUGAAGACCUGCUCCUACAAGGCCUUCUGCAGCCAGGCCAACAGCCAGGGCUACCGCUCCCCGGGGGUCAGGGUCCACUGUUGCUACGGCGACGACUGCAACGUCACGGGCGUGGCCGCCGCGCCGCCCGCCCUCAGCUUUCUGCUGCUGUCUCUGGCCGUGGUGCUCCCUCGGGUGGCCUGA